AUGAACGAAAUUACAAUCCCAUGUUCUAAUUGCAAACAACCAAUUGCAGAAUCUAAACAUAUGCUUCAUGAAACAUAUUGCCUACGUAAUAAUAUAAAAUGUCCUAAAUGUGGAGUAUUUUACGAUAAAAAUGAUCCAGAUAGUCAUGAGGAGGAAUACCAUAAAAAAGAAAAAUGUUAAUAUUGUUCCUUUGAAACUGAAGGUCACUUUCUAUAUUAUUUAAAUAGAUUUGAAAAAACAUAAAUGCUUAAAGAAACCAAAAUAAUGCAUGCAUUGCGAUCUUUCUUUCCCAGCUGAUUAGUUAUAUUAUCAUGAGACUCAAUGUGGAAGUAGGACAUAAAAAUGCGAUAUCUGCAAUAGUUAUAUUAUAAUGAGAGAGUACCAAACUCAUCUUAUGACUUGUACACCUAAACCAAAACCUGAUUCCUCUUAAUAAUAGAAAAAGCCAACCUAUUAAGAAAUUUUUGAUAAACAAAAUUAUGACACCCCCAAAAUAGAUGAUAAAAUUGAUCAAUAGAAAUUCAAUAGCAAAAAGGAAACACUCCAAUAAAAUACCUCAAACCAAGUCUCAUCCAAACAAUAAGUACAGACACAAUAACAAUAAUAAUAACAACAAACCAGAAUUGCAGGAUCUGGAUAUAAAUAUGGAUCGGCAGCUGGUGAGUCCAAAACUUCCUAUCAACUAAAAGACGAAGAUAAAAAUAGAUAAAAGGAUGCAAUUAGACCUCCGUCUUCUAAUAAUCAAACAGGUUUUAGACCUUAGCCUUAAAUCGCAACAUAAGGAACAUAACCUAAAUAAUAAUCAUAUAAUACUACCUAUAAUCAAAGAUAAUAGAAUUCCACAAAAAAUGAAGAAAAAACACAAUUUGAUAAUCAAUAUGAAAGGUAAUAGUAUAUAAAUAAAUAAUCCCAACAAUCUUAACCACAACCGUAAUAAUAGUAAAAGUAAUCAACACAAGGUUAGAAAAGUUUAGAGAGCUAUAAAUAUUCUUAAAAUGAUAAACAACAAUUUUAGACUUAAAAUAAUAAUAAUCCUGGUUUAAGAAGACCAGAUACUGCAAUAGCAAGAGAAGUCUAAAAAUAAAUAUAGUUGGAAGAAGAAUUUGGGAUAAGUCCAGAAGAGUAUUUAGAAUAACAAAUAUUUAAUACAAUGCCAAUAAAUGGAAAGACAGAAAAAACUCAGCCUGUCAAAAAAACACCACCGCCUUAACCUGUAAUACCAGCAAGGGUUCCUUAGAAUUAUGAUAACAAGGAUUUCGAUUUCGAUUUCGACGAUAUUACAGAGGAAGAAAAACUUGCAUAAUAAUAAAUAAUGGAAAGUUUAAAGGAUAAUAGGAAAAAACGCUGA